CCGCAGAGCAUCUACCUAGGUACGCUACCCAUCCACUGAUCACAACCUGAGGCUCACCAACGCUCAUUGACAAUCCCUCAACCUCCAAAGCUGCUCGUCCGCAUCUUGCCAUCCAUACCACCACCCGCGUAAACAGUCGUCAUCUACGACAAUGUCGACGGCAGCCAGGCGUCGUUUGAUGCGUGACUUCAAGCGCAUGCAAACCGAUCCUCCAGCGGGCGUCUCGGCGUCUCCAGUGCCUGAUAACGUCAUGACAUGGAACGCAGUCAUCAUCGGUCCGGCGGACACCCCAUUUGAGGAUGGCACCUUCCGACUCGUCAUGCACUUCGAGGAGCAGUACCCAAACAAGCCACCCUCGGUCAAAUUCAUCAGCCAGAUGUUCCACCCCAAUGUAUACGCCACGGGCGAGCUGUGUCUGGAUAUCCUGCAAAAUCGUUGGAGCCCGACGUACGAUGUCGCUGCGGUGUUGACGAGCAUUCAGAGUCUUCUCAACGACCCAAACACUGGGUCGCCGGCGAAUGUCGAGGCAUCCAACCUGUACAAGGACAAUCGCAAGGAAUAUACCAAACGGGUCCGUGAAACGGUCGAGAAGAGCUGGGAGGAGUAGGCUGCUGCGGAGAGGGGAUUGCAUACAACCAGACAGUAUCAACCACGGGUGUUGGGAACAAAGGACACCAUCUUGGCGUAGGCGUUUUGGCUUGCUGUCACGGGUAUUAGGAGCCGUGGAUUUCCUCAUCAUUAAGGCGGGUUCGGCGUAUCCGGUCUUCUACAACUUCAUACCAGCUGCAAGGGUGUUGGAGCAGGUGGUUCCUACCCUCUGGCCUUUGGUGAGCCAGAGGGUGCUUCAGCAAAGGAUGGCAGAGGGGCACAUGCGUAUGUAAAUUCAUAUCCCACCCUCUUGGGAUGUAGGCAUCAAUCUGGAUCAUCAUACUUCCCC